AGCAUCACCUUAAUACCGUGUUGUAUGUUACAUACAGCCCGGUAUAGUUGGUAUAGUCCUGAUCAGUACGUUUCGGAGUUUUGACCGGGAAGAAGUGAUUUAUUAAUUAAAAUACAUAUAUUUACAUUAUUGAAAUAACCGGAAAACAAUAAAAAUAUCAAAAUGGAAGAGAAAUUGCGUCAAAUGGAAGAUGAAAUGAACAGGUUCGAGGCUGAAAUUGGUAGUCAAUUAGUUACACCUAUGGUAAGACCUGUAAUUGGUGCAAACACUUAUAAUCAAGUAGCUAGACAAUUAGAGCAACAUGAACUACCAACACCAGUUGUUGCUGCAGCUGCGGCAUCAUUAGCUUUUCCUCCAAUGAUGGGAUUUCCACCUCCACCACCACCACCACCGCCACCACCUCCACCACCACCAAUGUUAAUACCACAGCAAGUUGCAAGACAAGGUACGGUUCCUUCUAUUACAACAUAUUCAUCACCUGCACAGAUAAGUAAUCCGUAUUUAUCAAAUAUGGUGGACCCAUGUUUAACUGCUACUCCAAAAACAUACGAAUCUACGUCAACACCAAUGAUUCAUCCGGAAAUUAUUGAACAGAUUAUCAAUACAAAAAUUCCUGAAGAUGACAGCAAAAAGAAGCCCAAAGUAAAAGGUGUUAGUACAGCAGCAGAAUUAGCAAUUAGUCAAGGAAAGGCUAGUUCUAUUAUGGCUAAUGCUAGUGCAGAAGAGAGUCAUCCAAAAGGUAAAGGAAAGAAGAACAAGAAAAUUGUACGAAUGGCUGGUGGACAAAUUUGGGAAGAUCCUUCUUUGUUAGAAUGGGAUGAAGAUGAUUUCAGAAUAUUCUGUGGAGAUUUAGGAAACGAUGUCACAGACGAGAUGCUGGUAAGGGUUUUCGGCAAAUAUCCCAGUUUUCAGAGGGCAAAAGUAGUUAGAGAUAAAAGAACGAACAAGACGAAAGGAUUUGGAUUUGUCUCUUUUAAGGAUCCUCAAGACUUCAUCAAAGCAAUGAAGGAGAUGAAUGGAGAAUGGAAACGGGAUACGAAAUACGGUUUCGGUGUGUAUUACUACGUAAAUGGUGACGUUUACGAAGGUUCUUGGAAAAAGGAUCUUCGACACGGUAUGGGAUCUUAUCUUUAUGCUGAUACGAACACGAAAUUUAUGGGCACUUGGAUCAUGGAUCGCAUGCAAGGACCAGGACAAUUGAUUCACCCACGACAUCGAUUCCACGGAUAUUGGGAAUUAAAUUUGCCAUACGGUCGGGGUUGUUUUACCUUCGAAAAUGCUUGUAUGCAGCAUGGGCACUAUAUACAUGUCAAAGAUCCUGAUUAUGUUGAAACCCCGGAGGAAAAUAAAGAUGAGACUCAACCCCAACCUGAGAAUGUUGAGAAAACGGAAAAGAAGGAAAGCACAGGACCUCCACCGUUUGAACCACCUCCUCUAAAAAAAGGUUUUAUUCCUUUAUGGCGAGCACGUUGUAUUACACCUUAUAAUCCUGAUUUAUUACCACCUGAACCAGUACCUCUUCAGGAAGAGGUAUCCUUGGACUCUCUAGUUGAUAAAUGUUCAGAGGAUAUAUCAAGAGCUGAAGAAUAUUUGAAAUACGAAGAUGAAUAUGAGGGAGAAUAUGAAGAAUAUUAUGGAGAAAAUGAUAUAAAUAAUAUUUUUGUAAACGCCAAAAUGCAAUCGUCCAUUCCAAAAUUGUUAUUAGUGUCCGUUUUAUGCGUUAUUCCUUACGUUAUGGCGGAGAACAAGGUAACUGUGCUUGAUUUUAAGGCGGAUGUUCCAGGCAAUGAUGUUAUUGAUUCCUGGUCUCACGAUCUUACAAAUAAUGUUAUUAGCUCAAAUAUCAACAUAAAAAAGAAUUGUCCAGGUGCAAUAGAGGCCGAGAUAAAGGUAUAUAAAGGUGAUGAUCUAGUUAACCAAAUGGUUCAAAAUCUCAAACAACCAAUAAAGGAUUUCGAAAGUUACAAAAUUUGCGAAUCGAUCGAUAGUCCAGAUCUUGAAGAUGAUUCCUGCUCAAUCGCCGAAGGUGAACAAUCGGCGAAAAAUUGCGAUAUAAGUGGAUGGUUUAGUGACAUGUCACCUGGAGAUUACAAAGUCGAAUGCGUUUUUAAACAAGCUGAUGUAAUUACCACCCUCACUCUUAAUGUAAAAAUUGAAAGUGAUUAAAAGGGAAUAAUUUUACCGCAGCAUGUAUUUCUUAAAAUAUACAGUGUACUUAUAAAAUUAUAAUUAAUUUUUAGUAUUAGGAAAGUAAAUUGUCGCUUUUCAACAAUAAAGAUAUUAGCAAAGUACGAAAUAAUAUUUUUCUAACAAACAUUUAAAGAUAUUGUCUGUAAACAAAUCUGUUUAUUACAAUUUAUACAGCCUCUACGGUACAUGUUUCAAAAAGUUCAACAAAUUGUUGUGUUUUCGUAAAAGAGAGAUAAUAACAACAUAAAAAAUGGAAGUAGAGGAGCAGAAUGCUAAAUUUACUUAUAUUUUUAAGGGUUGUUACAUUUAAUGUAUUUCUUUUGUUCGAUACUUCAUGUAUGGACUUUGAUUGAAGUUUCUUCUUUUGUGAAUUACCAAGUAUUUUCUACUGUGCAAUAGAAUAAAUAAAAAUAUUUACUUAUAUCG